GAGCCCGGCUCCCAGCAGGAGAUGGAGGCUGGGCGGCUGCGGCCGAUGCUGCGCUCAGUGAACACUCGCAAGCCGUCCCAGGUCAUCUUCUGCAACCGCAGCCCAUGCGUGGUGCUGCCCGUGUGGCUCAACUUCGACGGCGAGCCACAGCCCUACCCGAUGCUGCCCCCCAGCACAGGCCGCCGCAUCCAUAGCUACCGAGGUCAUCUUUGGCUCUUCAGAGAUGCUGGGACAUCUGAUGGGCUUCUAGUUAACCAGACUGAGCUGUUUGUGCCGUCUCUCAAUGUCGAUGGACAGCCUAUUUUUGCAAACAUCACACUGCCAGUGUACACCCUGAAAGAGCAGUGCCUCCAGGUUGUGCGAAGCCUAGUCAAGCCUGAGGAUUACAGGAGACUGGACAUCGUGAGAUCCCUCUACGAAGAUUUGGAAGACCACCCAAAUGUGUGGAAGGACCAGGAGCGGUUGAUCCAGGAGCAUAUUGAAAAUCAGUGGAUGGCAGAGGAGACUGAAGAUUUUAAUUGA